AUGCUUGCCAAGACAACACCCGGUCCAUCCCAGGAGCGGGUCUGCCGCUCUAGCCCACUACCCAGGAAAUCGUGGCAGCCCGCGGAAAGGGGAAGGUGGCGGGUUACAAGGAGGCGGCAUACAGGUACGGGCCGGAGCCCUGGGGUUCGGAUGGGGCGGCCAUCGACCAUGAGGGUGGAUGGGCCAUCUUGGCCCAAAUCACGAUCGCUAGGAAGAGGAGAUAAGUCUGGCAGGCUACGACAGGAGCUGGGCCAACCCUGGGCCGCCCGGAGUUGGGAUGUUAGAUCGCGAGUCCGAACCAUGAUGGAUUUCUUGGUUGAGCUCCGACCGAUCCGACUGGACUUGUUCGACCGGAACCGAAAUGGUUUAUAUCAGUUUGAACCAAACCGGACUUUGAGGGGCAGCAGUAGUGGAGGACGACCGGGAGCUGGAGGAGGUCACAAGAGGGGUUCCGAAUCCCCAUACCCACCUCUCGUGACUUUCGGGACAAGACAAGGUUGGAUUGGGCAAACCCUGGAGACGGGGCAAGGAUCAGAGGUCAAAUCUGGAGGGCAUGACGAGUACAUAGAGGGGAACGAUGGAUGGUCGUUUCCGCAACCUCCAUGGGGGUACUCAGGACGCGGCAGUAGUGGUGGUUGGGGAUUCCCUCACUAUGGCAUAGGCAGGUACGGAGAGUAUAACUGA